UCCACAGUGAGAAGAAGCACAAUGAUACGCUCAGAAAACUUUUGUCUCUCCUCUUCAUCAUGAGUCAACCGACGACUAUAAGAGUAAUUGUUAAACAAAGCCUUGACCUCCUUAAGCUUCCCCUUAGCAAUAGCCAACUCACGAAGGGCACGAAGAGCCAUAGACUUCCUUAUCAGAUAUGCUCUAAACAUUAUCUGUAUCAUCGUGGCUGCAUCUUGAGAUGAGUGGGCUUCCGGUGCUGGUUAAGUGUCGCUGUUGUACCGCUAUUGGGCCACUUGGAGCUGGGCUUAUUUGAAGACAUUGAAGUUGGGCCUUAACCCUUGGCCUUUGGCCUGGUUAAGUGUUAUAAAAAGGGCAUAGAGAUUAGAGAAGUCAUUCAUCCUUUUAUCUUCUCUCAUCUCACUUUCUCUCUCUAGAAUCUUCCUGUACAUUCUUGGGUUUCUUCAAGCUUUGUGAGUUUGUGUGUUUGACUGAUUAUUUUGAUAAUCUUUUAGAGUAGAUCAUCACGUUGCUGAUCUACAAUGUAGAUUCUACACAGGUUCAGAGUUUGAGUUUCUAAGUUGGCAAUUUGUGCCGACUGAUUCUUUAGUUGUUUAGUAUAAUCUGUACCGAUUUGUGAGUUAAUAAAGUGAUUGUUCAUCUUGAUACUAUGUUCUUGACAUGGUAUCUAGUGCGAGAGCACUAGGUGCUCUUGGGGUUAUUUUCUUCCGCUAUGUUUCAAGGGUUUUUCUCUCACGGAUCUAACUAGAUCUAGGUUGAUUUCUGGUGAUCUUUGGAGUCUUAGUAGUUCUGUGGGUUUUGCCGAUUCCGACGGUUCUUGGCCUUUUGGGGUUCCUGCGGUUCUUGGAGAUUGAACCCUAAUUUCUAGGGUUUGGUGUUUAGGUCAUAUGUAAUGGGGCGCGAGGACUGGGCAUAGCGCCGCUACGGCGCCCACAACACCGCCCCCCCGGGGCGCUAUGAGAAAAAAAAAAAAAAAGGCGUGUUUUUUUUCGCGGCGCGAGGAGAUGGCAUUUUAUGUUUUUGACCGUUUGAUAACGGUCAUAUAUUAAAAAAAAAAAAAAAAAUUCAAUUUUUUUUAUUUUUCACACUAUAAAACCUCAUAUUCUUCCACUUUUUUUACAACUCAAACCUCAUACUCAUUCUCCAUACUCAUUCUCCAUAUAUUUUUAAAAAAGUUAGUCUCACUUUAUAAAAAAUGGGUUCCCCGUCGGAAGAGUCUUUCACCGAAAUUUACCGAAGAUAUUUUUCGCCCGACGAAGACGCGGCCGAGGAAGAAGCGGUUACGAGUGCAUGUACUUUUGUGCUACAAACAUUUGAGCACAUUCGGCCACCUCCCCCUCCACGACCCAUCUUGCGACGCACCUAUAUCUUGCGAGAUCGUGAAGCCGCGAACGAGCGUUUGAUGAAAGACUAUUUUGACGCGGCACCGGUUCACGGACCGAAUGUUUUUAGACGACGUUUUCGGAUGAGCCAAAGGUUAUUUUUGCGCAUUAAUAAUGACUUGGAAAAUACGUACGAUUUCUUUAAGCAAAGAAUGGACGCACGAGGAUAUCUAGGCUUCACCUCAAUUCAAAAGGUCACAUCCGCCUUAUGCGUAUUAUCAUACGGAAACACGUACGACAUCAACGACGAGUAUUUGAAGAUGGCGGAGAAAACAACCCGAGAUACCUUGGAACAUUUUUGCUAUGGUAAUUUUUUAAUUGUCUUUUAUUUAUUUAGUUUUAUACAUUUAUUUUUUCGUAACUUGUUAGUAAAACUUUUGUAUAUUAAAUUAUAUUUUAGGAAUAUGCCAGUUAUAUGGAAAACGUUAUUUGAGAAACCCCACUUGGAACGACCUUCAAAAAAUAUAUGAGGUGCAUCUAGAAAAGCAUGGGAUACCCGGCAUGAUUGGUAGCUUGGAUUGUCGUCAAUGGCGUUGGUAUAAUUGUCCAACCGCAUGGCGAGGUCAACAUACACGGGGUGAUCAAAAAGGGCCAACUUUGGUAUUACAAGGUGUUGCGUCAUACGACCUUUGGGUUUGGUCGGCCUUCUUUGGUGUAGCCGGGUGUUUUAACGAUAUUAAUACGUUAGAGGCUUCACCAUUAAUCGAGGGCUACAUUUCUGGAACUAUACCAAAGGCCGGUUUCCAUGCAAACGGGAACGAUUACGAGCAUGGCUACUACUUGGGCGAUGGUAUCUACCCCGAGUAUUCGAUUAUUGUUAAAACGUUUUCUGAAACUUUCGAUGAAAAAAGAAAGUAUUUUAAAAAAUUACAGGAGUCUUCGAGAAAGGACAUCGAGAGGUGUUUUGGGGUUCUACAGCAACGAUGGCAUUUUAUCAGAAAUCCUUGUCGCAUGUGGCAUAAGGAUAAAAUACGAAUGGCCAUGUAUGCUUGCAUCAUUUUGCAUAAUAUGAUCAUUGAGGAUGAUGGAAAAGCGAUAUGCCAAAACUAUAUUCCCGAAGAUUUGGUCGAACUACCCCAAGCGACAACGGAAGAGAGACUCGCAAAUGCUCAACUACUGCGAUCUAGAGAAAUACAUAACGCGUUGAAGGCGGAUUUGGUUGAGCAUGCUUGGGCGAUUCGCCCAAUUCGAUUAAACAAUGAUCACGACGAAGAUUCCGAGGAAGAAGUGGGGGAGGAAUUCGAAGACGGGAACUUUGAAGACGUAGGUUUAGAUGCUGGAGAAAACGAAGAGGAAGAAGGAGAGAACGAAGAUGACACCGAAGAAUAAAUUUAUUUUUUAGGUGUAAUUUAUUUUUUUAGGUGUAAUUUUUUUUUUAGUGUAAUUUUUUUUUAAUUUUAAUGUAGUGUUUUUUAUUUAAUGAAAUGGUUUUUUAUUUUAUAAAAGUUAUAAAUUAUAUAAAAAAUAGAAAAUUAAAUUAAUAUAGUAAUGAUUACACAGGGGCUUUAUGACUACGGCCUCAAAUUGCAUAAAGCCCCAUAAAGCCCCUUGCUGACGUGGCAUGCCACAUGGCGCAUAACGCCCCUUUGAGGGCUUUAUGACUACACAUGCCCUUAUCUCCGAGGUUCUCGUUGGUCUCUAUUUUUAGGGCAAACCAAUAGAACUUGAUGUUUGACUUCCUAUAUUCGUUAUUGAUUUUGGACAUACCUGAGCCACACCUUCUACUACUUCCUUUUGGAUCACACCGGCUAGCAUGUCGAUGAUCCUCAUAUUCAAGGAUAGAGAAUCACCCCCUCUUGGUUGAGGGUCCACAAUGUCCAGCAUUGCUUCCAGAUCAUCCACCAUCGACCUUUUUACAGCCCUAGCCAUGAUAUUAGCACCCUGUUUGGAAAGCAACAAUUAAUAUUCGUUAAAUUCUAAAGGUCAAUUGCUCAAAAUUUACAAUUUAACAAUAUUCUUCAUGGUUUCUGAUAUUCAUAUAACCAUUUUCAAAGUUGUUUGAUAUAAUAUUCAUGAGUAGAUUUGAUUAAGGCAGCACAUUUCAAAAUACAUUCACUUUAACAUGAGAAAUUUUGACAUUCAAUAAGAGAUAUAGUUAAUCUACCAUCCAAACCUUUUUCUUAGCUAACAUGAUGAUACAAGAACUUGAAUCACAAGCAUGUAUCCAUUUUAAUAAUUUCAUAGGAUAACCUGCUUAAGAGGCAACAUAAAAUGACCAUGUAUUUACCUCAAUGGCAUCAAGAGUCAGAAACAGCACAAUGAUCUUCUCAGAAAACUUAUGUCUUUCAUCUGCAUCACGAGCCACCCUACGACGAUAAGAGGAAUCGUUGAGCAGAGCCAUGAGCUCCUUAAGCUUCCCCUUAACAAUACCCAACUCACGAUGAGCACAAAGAACGCGAGACUUCCUUAUUAGAUAUGCUCUUAAUUUUCUCUGUAUCAACAUGAUUGCAUCUUGAGGUGACAACUGUUUCUUCUUCCAUUUCUUAUUCUCCACCGUAUUAGCAAAUGCCUGCCAUAACAUAAAAACUCAUAUGAACUAGGUGUAAACAAGCUAUAAGCCACUCAUGGGCUACUCGAGUUAAGCUUAUCUAAAAGCUUGAACUGGUCCAAGCUUAAAUAAACUCAAGCCCGAGGUCGAGCCUUAAACAAGUGUGGUUAUAUAAAUGAGACCGGACUUCACUUAUUGAGCUCAAGCCAGCUCGCGAUUCUAAACGAGCCUCUAAUUUCUAUUAUAUAUAUACACACACACACACACAAUAAGUUAUAAUCCCGUGUAUGACACAGGUUAAUAAAUGUAAUGUUAUUUGAUAUAUUCUUUACAAUUUCCGUCAUCCAGUCACAUUAAAUAUUUGAAUUAUUUUGAAAUCACCAACAAAAACAAUUAUUAUCAUUAUACUUCUUAUUUUAUAAUAUUUUAACGAACAUAAUUUAUCAUCAUUAUUCUUCCUACUUAGUAAUAUUUAAUAUAUGGAGAUUUACAUAAGAGUUGUUAAGUAAAAAAUAAGUUUAUUUAGAAAAUCAUAAUUAAUUUCAUGCUAAAUUUAUUUGUUAUAUAAUAUUAUAACUAUCAAUGAUUAAAUAAUAGUUAUUUAUAAUUAAGUAGGAGAGAGACGCGAGAAAAUAAAAAAAAAAAA